AUGUCUGCACCAUCACAACAGUAUGCAGGCACAUUUCCAAUCUUUGGGACCAUCAUUGCUGUCAAUCUGUUCCUUGUGGUCCUCUGUGUCCUUGGCAUACUAUGGAGAAAUUUCAACCGGAGAGUACCACAACCCACAACCACAGAAACAACCACAGAAACACCAAUGAGAUUUAGUGAGCAACUACCAGCCUAUGAGCAACCACCUAGAUACUCCAACAUGACUGCAGUAGCGAUGCCUCCGUCACAACAUCCGGACCAUACUGCAGUGAUUGUUUGUUUAAACCCUCCAAGACCGCAACGAUCAAAACCUACACUCCUAUCUGCUUUGAAACUGCACACUACUCAGUCCAUUCGCAUGACCAGUAUACCUUUUGUUAUUUCCUAAACACUCUCUAACCCGAGUUUUACGCUGCUUGGGGCUACCAUCAAGCCGUCGUUGCAUAGUUCAUGUUUAUUCCAGUUUGUAUAUUUAAUGUAUAUUUUACAGCCGUAUUCACGUAAAAUGAAACCAAGCCAAGGUACCAGAAUAUAUAAUAAAUAACCAGUUUCAUGAC